ACCAUGAAUAAAUCAGGGAUAUCUACUGUAGCAUACUUUGUUCUGCUGGGCUUUCCUGGUCCCUGGAAAAUGCAGCUCAUUCUUUUCUCAAUGAUUCUGUUGGUCUACAUCUUGACUUUGACUGGGAAUGUGGCCAUCAUUUGUGUGGUGAGAUGGGUCCCACGACUCCAUACCCCUAUGUAUGUGCUCCUGGCCAACUUCUCCUUCCUAGAGAUCUGGUAUGUGACCUGCACAGUUCCCAAAAUGUUGGUCAAUUUUCUUUCCAAAACCAAGACCAUGUCCUUCUCUGGCUGCUUCAUGCAGUUCUACUUCUUCUUUUCCCUGGGCACAAAGGAAUACUUCUUCCCCUGUGUCAUGGCUUAUGAUAGUUACCUGGCCAUCUGCCACCCACUACACUAUCCCUCCAUCAUGACCCAGAGGCUCUAUGGCAUUCUGGUGUCUCUUUGUUGGCUCAUCGGUUUCCUUGGACAUUUAAUUCCCAUUUCCUUCAUUUCCCAACUACCUUUUUGUGAUCCCAACAUCAUUGAUCACUUCCUGUGUGAUGUGGACCCACUGACGGCCCUGUCCUGUGCCCUUAAACCCAUCAUAGAGCAUGUAUUCCACUCUGUGAGCUCUCUUAUUAUCGUUCUCACCAUUUUCUACAUCCUUGGGUCCUGUUCCCUGGUGCUCAGAGCUGUGCUUCAAGUCUCUUCUUCAGCUGGUUAGUGAAAAGCCUUCUCUACCUGAGAGUCCCACUUAGUGAUGGUAUCUCUGUUCUAUGGAACCAUAAUGGUGAUGUGUGUGACUCCCAUGUCUGGCAAUUCAGUUGCUAUGAAGAAGAUCAUCACACUGAUAUACUCUGUAGUGACACCAGUCUUAAACCCUAUCAUCUACAGCCUACGCAACAAGGACAUGAAAUAUGCCCUCUGUCAUGUCCUUUGUGGGAUGAGAAUUACCCAAAGCUCAUGAAUAGACUUUGUACAACCCAAUAAAUUUAUUACUGUAAGCGAGAGAAUAAUCCUCUUUCUCUAAUUCAAACUGACUUUGCUUUAUUCAUAACCAUCACAGAUCAUUUGUGCAAAGCCAAACUCAUUGUGUAUUGAUCAUAUGUUGAUUCCCUUUUAGUUUCAGAUAUGUGUUUCCAUGGGGAGAAAAGAUUAGCCCCCCAACAAAACAUAAAAAUAACUUUAAAAUCUUAAUAGUUAUCCAGGAAGGUUUUGAUAUUUUUUUAA